AUGUCUGAUGCAACUUAUGUAGAGCAGAGGGUUGGUGGAAAUACUCUUACUCCUGCACCAGACCAUCUCAAGAUGAAAGUCCCUAGUAUUUGCUUCACCCUCGAUUGGGACGUCGACGUGGAUUUACUGGAGCCAGAAGAAUUCGACGAAGUGUUUCCUGAUUCAGCAUGCAAAGCCAACACGUCUACGCCCAUCGAGAAAUUGGAAGAGGUGUCCUUCUAUUACGUCGAGGCCGCCCUUGCCGAGCUCACGGAAGACAAUGUCGCGGCAAUGGAUCCACUCCACAAGCUUUUCCUCGCUUGGAUGCAACAACAGGUAGAUCGUGCCCAUGCCGGCACGCUCAGGUACUGCAAGCCCUCGUGGUUAUCGGCGACACCUGAGCAGAAAGAUGCGGCCAUUGCGUUUUGCAAAGACAGUGGCACCGACGGGCAGAUACUAUGCCACAUGGGCGCCAAUUUGACGCGUGUGAUGCGAAAAGAGGUCGAUCCACUCGAUCUACUAUCCCAGGACGGCCUGCAGCUGUCACUGAGCUACGACCUCAUUUCCGAUUAUGUGCACAAGCUCUCACAUAAGCACCCCGAUCUGGAAAUUCUGGAAAUCAACUCAGGUACCGGUGGGGUCUCACGCUCUGUCCUGAAGAAGUUGGGCGGGCACCAUGGAGUGACGCCGCGCUUCGCCCACUACACUCGCACCGAUGUGUCGAGCAGGUUGCUAGAGAAGGCGCAAGAGACCCUGGAAGAUUAUGGCAGUCUGAUCAGUUUCAAGAAGUUGGAUCUUGGCCAAGAUGCAGCCACCCAGGGUUUCGAAACCGGCUCCUAUGACUUGGUCGUGGUAACCAUUCGAGCUUGUGAGGAUAUUGAUACAACACUACGGCAUAUACGGAAGCUACUCAAGCGUGAUGGAAAGUUGGCGGUUGUGGACAUCACAAACAAUUUGAUGAGGCCCACUAUCAUCUUCGGCACAUUGCCGAGUUGGUGGUUGGGUACUUCUGGACACCGCAGUCAAGAUGAGUGGGACGAGUUGCUCAAAGAGACCGGGUUUUCUGGCAUCCAAACCUGCAGGAGCAACUAUGCCAAUGUUGAGGACCGAUCGUGCACAAUCAUCAUCAGUGCAGCAGUCGAGGUGAACAAAACCUCACACACCAACGCCGCCAUUCUCCCCACACUUCUGGUCGUCCCCAAGGAAAACUCAACCACUGCAAAUUUGAUCCUGCAGAAGAUCACAGAAAAUACGAAAGGACCGGUACAGAGUGUUGGUCUCGGUUCAAUUCCAGAUACAACCGGCAAGGUCUGCGUCUUUUUGACCGAGAUAGAACGACCAAUGAUGGACACUGUCGACGAGGAAGAAUUUCAGGCGGUUAAGCAGGCUAUAAUCAAGAGCAAUGGCGUGCUCUGGAUUGGAAGAGGUGGUGCUAUCGAGAGCCCGAUACCAGAGAGCAAUUUGAUAACCGGCCUGGGGCGUACUAUCCGGAGAGAAAAUGCAGGGAUCAAGUUCGUGACACUGAAUCUGGACCUCAACAGCCCCCCAGAGAAAGCUGCAGAUAUUGCCCAGAGACUUUUCUCGCGCACAAUGACCCAUAUCGAAGAAACCCGGAGCCAGGAUUUUGAAUACGCCUCACGCAACGGCCAAGUCCUCAUCCCGCGCAUUAUGGAAGACACUCAGACCAACAGCUUCAUCGCGAAGGACAGUGUGGUAGACAGUCUCAUGGAACUCAACAAGGAUGCUUCUUACCUUCUCGUUGGAGGUCUGGGUGGCUUAGGUCGAUCUUUAGGCGCCUGGAUGGCUUCCCAUGGAGCCAGGCAUCUCAUCUUUCUAUCACGAAGCGGAGCCGAACGUCCAGACGCUCAGGAGGCGGUCAAUGCGCUGAAUGCCAUGGGUGUUCAUGUUGCCGUUUACAAGUGUGAUGUGAGCAAUCAGGCCAGUCUUGAGAAAACGAUCCAACAGUGCAGAGACGAGAUGCCACCGAUCAAGGGCGUCAUUCAUGGUGGUAUGGUGUUACGGAACUCAACCUUUCACAAAAUGGGAUACAGCAACUGGGAACAGACACUGCAACCCAAAGUGUCUGGCACAAACAAUCUCUGCCGGGCUUUCUCGGGUCAUGAGACGACGACCCUGGAUUUCUUCAUCAUCCUAUCCUCCUCUGUUGGCGUGAUUGGAAACUAUGGCCAGGGUAACUACGCAGCCUCGUCUACCUUUCAGGACGCCAUCGCCCACCAUUACGCCUCCAGCCCCAAUGGCCUUCCCAUCGUCACCAUCGACCUCGGCAUGAUCCUCGGGGCCGGCUACGUGGCUGAAAACUCCAAUGCUGCCGCCAUAUUGAAGAAAUUGGGCAUUAUGGGCAUCAGCCAAGCGCAGUUCCUCUCCAUCAUCAAAGCGACCAUCAUGGAGCCCCGACGUGCUCGGCCCCGCUGCCAAAUUAUGACUGGGCUAGGCACCAAAGCGAUGGUCAGCGAGGAUGGUAGCUGGGAUGAUGGGGAAGAGUACAAAGUGCCGUUCUACUUCCAAGACACCAAGUUCUCUCAUCUGCUCCAGGUCGACCGGCGGAUGACGACUAUUAUUAGGCACAUUAAUAGUACAUGA